AUGUCGAUUCGAACAAUUCUUGGUUUAAUAUUAUCCAUCUUUGUUACUGGUGCAAUGAUUUGGGCGUGUAGUUUUGAAAUUCAACAGAUAAUGAUGGGCGAAUUAGUUACAGCUGCCGGUGGAAAAUAUAAAUUUUUAACAAUAUUAAAUCUACAUCUUCAAGCAAUCUAUUAUAUUAUCUGUAUAGUUAAUUUCUUUUUUGGUACAGAUACAAUUGAAACUGGAAAACGUUCAUUCUUACAAAAACUACGUGAUUUGAUUUAUGCUGGUGCGGCUUUUCCAAUAGGAAUGUACGUAUGUAUUGCAUUUUGGGGAAUAUAUCAUGUUGAUCGAGAACUAAUUUAUCCAAAAGAAUUAGAUGGACUUGUCUCACCAGUUCUUAAUCAUGUUAUGCAUACAUUACCAGGAGUUGCUCUUUGUUUGGAAAAUCUUGUACAUUAUCAUCGUUAUCCAUCAAGAUUCUUAGGUCUUACAUUGGUUAUCAGUUUGUUUGCUGCAUAUACUACAUGGAUUCACUAUUUACAUCAUAUACAUUGGCUUGCAUUUAAAGUUAGUCUUUGGGUUUACCCAAUAUUAAAUGAAUUAUCGUUCACAUAUCGCGGUUUAUUUUUCCUUGGAUCGGCAUUAUUUGGUAUUGGAUUAUAUUUCAUCGGAGAACUAUAUACAUUAUUUUUAACAAGUUUACGAAUUGAUCGAGCUGGACGAAAUAAAAAGAAAUAUUAA